AUGAGGUCUUCAUCCUCAUCGCCGGUCAUGUCGGCCGGUAGGCUUGCAGCCGCUUUUCUCUCAGCCGCCCUGAUCGGCGCCCCCACAACACGCGCCGUCUCCUUCGACCCCGUCGAUUCGCCGAACAUCGACAUUUCCGAGCUUGGCCGCGUCGCGCUUGCCGGCAAUUUCGACGCCCUCUCCAUCUACGAGUGGGUAGGCCAAGAGCAAAACACCUAUCUCACGAAUGGCAGCCAGGCAGUCCUGUCGCGCUUCCCCAACGGCGCCUUCGCCAACCUCGCCGUUGGUGAUGCCAAUAUCGAGGCCAUGUGCUCUUUCGUCAAGGAUGGUUCACUAACCGGCAUCGUCGUCGGAGGAAACUUUACGAGCUUGGGCGGCGUCGAGACGCAGGGUGUGGCGCUUUUCAACCCAAACACGUCCAAAAUCACCCCGUUGGAGGGACUAACCGGCAGCGUCAAGAGCCUGUACUGCGACUCGGAUUCUGGAAUCGUGUACGUCGGCGGCUCUUUUUCUGCCGCGAACUCCACCAACGCUCUCGCAUGGACGGAUGAGUGGACGAACCUACCCUUUGCCGGCUUCAAUGGACCCGUUUCUUCUAUUGUCAAGAACUCUGAUGGCCAUAUCAUUUUCGGAGGAUCUUUUGAUGGGCUCGGUAACACUACAACGCCGAAACAGAAGGACCAGCAGGUUAUCCCCUUGGGAGCUGGAAACAUUACCACCCAGGCUUCUUCGACGAGAAGCGGAUUCAGCGACCCCGAGAACAUCAUCUGCAAGGCAGGGCAGGGUGGAUCAGGCAAUGUUUGGCUAUUGGAGGACGCCUCACCGGGAUUCUGGAAAGCCGAAUUUCAGUUUGGGUUCCAGCCGACCAAGCUACGCCUGUACAACACCAACCAGGAUGGCCGUGGAACAAGGACUUGGCGCUUCACCGCUCUUCCCGAUGGCGGUAUCAUGAACCUCACCCACAUUGAUUCCAAUGGCAACAACAUCACGUGUGAUGCUCGCUGCCCUCUUCCGCAAGGCAACACCACGCACCAGGACUUCCACUUCGUCAACCAAGUUGGCAUGAAUGCCUUCCGCAUCGAUAUCUCCGAGUGGUACGGCGACGGUGCUGGUUUGUCUGGCAUCGAAUUGUACCAAGAUGACAUUUAUGCUUUUGCCAUCAACGACUUUAACCAGCCUACCUGUGAGAGCAAUAGUACCUCGGCUGCCGCUACCAGCACCGGCCCCUGGGCAGUUGAGGCAUCGCACUCAAGCAGCUCGCAGUGGCUUAGAGCGAACUUCUCGAGCGGAGAGGAGGUCAACAGCAGCUCAGCUGCUGUGGUUUUUCAGCCUAACAUUCAGCAGUCCGGCAAUUAUACCGUUAACAUCACAGGCAGCAUGACCAACGGCACGACGACUGCAGGCGCCCCAAUCUCCACGACUUUGUUCCAGACAAACUACUACGACAAGUACGACACAAUCUAUUAUGGCUACGUGGAUGCCAUUUCCGAUUCGUUCCGCCCAUCCGUCACUCUCACACCCGCCGAUGGCCAACAAGGACCUCUGAACAUUGUCGCCCAACGUGUGCGCUUCGAACUCAUGAGUUCUUCCUCCGGUGGGCUCAAUGGCCUUUUUGAAUACGACCCCAAUAUGGAUACCGUCAGCGACGAUUUUUCGGCCUCUGUCGUGGACACUGCAGGCUCCCAACUCAGUAGCUCUGCGGGAAUCAACGCCAUGGUCACUGACAACAAUGCGAUCUACAUUGGUGGCAAUUUCACCAGCAACAACGUCAGUCACAUUUUCGCCAUCAAAGAUAACGCAACUGUCAGCCUUACGGACCGUGGCCUCAACUCUGAAGUCCGCGCUCUCUACCUCAAUGGCACGGACCUUUUUGUUGGCGGCAACUUCACCAACACGGCUGAAAACUCGGUGGAUGGUCUGAAUGGUAUCGCAUUGUACUCGACGUCUGACAACGAAUGGAAGCCCCUAGGUGCCGGUAUCAACGGCAGUGUUGCUCACAUCGUUCCCCUGAGUCUUAACUUGACAGCGGAUACACCGGAGUACGUCAUCGCAGUGAGCGGUGACAUUACCGGUGUUCAGGCUUUCGGCGAGAACGCGACUUUCCCCGUUGAGGGUAUCGCUCUCUGGUCCCCUUCCAGAGGGAACUGGCUUCGUAACCUGGAUGUGCAGGCGAUCGCGGUUUCGGGUCAGCUCAAUGCUUGGACGGAAGUCCCGGAUUCCGACCCCCUGUUCGCGGGGGCUGUCUCGUCUCAGGCUCUGGAAGCGAGCGGCGCUGUUGGCCUAAUCAACGCGGAACAGCUUGGCCUGCAACGCUAUCCCAUCCAGAUCCAGCCCCAGGCAGAGUCGGCUUCUUCGGGUCUUGCCAAGCGUUCGACAAGUUCUCAGAAUGUUACGGGCGUGGUCACUGGUCUGGUAUACGAGCAGAACAGCCUUAACAUUACCAUUAUUGGCGGUCAUUUCUCGGCUACUGGCACGAACGGUUCCGAGUUCAACAACCUCCUUUUUGUUAACACUUCCGACUCUAACCAGGUGAACGGCCUCACGGAUCAAUUAGACGCUACCGCUACGAUUGUCGCCCUUGCUACCCAGGAUUCGGAUUCGACUCUGUGGGUUGGCGGCAGAUUCACUGGCAAUGCUAGCGGCACGGACCUCAAUGGUCUUUUCUCGUACAGCCUUGUCAAUGCUGAUUUCUCCAGCAAUCAACCUCAGGCCCUCGACCGUUCUGGUGGCCAAGUCUCGGUCAACGCCAUUGCUCCUCGGCCGGAUUCGGAUGAUGUCUUUGUUGGUGGAGAGUUUGACUCGGCUGGUGCCUUUACUUGCCCUGCUCUGUGCGUCUACGCCACGGACCGUGGGCAGUGGGUCAGCCCCGGAAACGGCCUGUCGGGCUCAGUUUCGACCAUGCUUUGGGUCACGCAGAACGAGCUCCUCCUCGGCGGCAACCUCACGGCUGAAGACAACACCACGGCGCUGGUGACUUACACUGUCAAGGAUUCAUCGUUCAAGACUCUUCCUGGAUCCGAGCAGGUUCCUGGGCCGGUCGAUGCCAUCACGGCAGCCGACAGCGACGGAACUCGGUUCUGGGUUGCAGGCACAGCGUCGAACGGCACGGCGUUCGUCAUGCUCACGGGCACUGGUGCCGACGAUUGGGUGUCGGUUGGAGAUGGGCUCGGCGAAGGGUCUAUUGUCCGCGGCCUUCAAGUCUUUUCGAUCAAGGAGAACCACGACUCAAACGACAACCUGGACAAGGACAAGAUUCUCAUGGUGCUGGGUGAGCUCAACGUGCCUGGAUUUGGCAACGCGUCUGCAGUCGUCUACAACGGCACCGAUUUCCAGCCCUUCAUUCUCUCUACCACGGCCAGCAACGGCCAAGGUAGCCUCUCGCAAGUCUUCGUUGAGAAGCCCCAAAACGUUUUCCGGACAAGUGGUGGUAAUCUCGCGCUCGGUCUGGUGGUGCUCAUCGCGCUCGCCAUCUCGCUCGCGCUGAUCAUGCUCCUGGUGGUGGCGGGCAUCGCAGCCGAACGCAUCCGCAGGGCGCGUGAAGGCUACGUGCCAGCACCAACACAGAUGGGAGACAAGAAUGCCAACAUGGCGCGCAUCCCGCCGGAGCACAUUCUUAGCAACCUCGACAACCCGGGGGCGCCAGAAAGGCUCUGA